UCCCAUUAAAUUCUAUACCCUACUAAAGAGCAUCAUUGAAAUCAAUUCGGCGAACAUACUGAAGCACAAUUCCACUAUUGCAACCGUUGUAGUACCACCUUCAGAAAUGUUAUCGCACUGAAAACACACAAAGUGUUUUCUUAUUCUCGAUUCAGCAGUCAAGUUCAACGGAAGUGUGCUAAGUGAUAUCAAUUCAUCGGGUAUUAUUGUGCAUAUCAGAUAUAGUUGUAACCGCAAAUAAAACAAAAAAAUAAUUUUCAAAAAAAAGAAAAUGUUCAAAAUACUGUGCCAAUUGUCAGUUACGAUGUUAGUGAUUUCAAAUUUUUGUAUGGAAUUUUUCAGCAUAAAUGAUGAGCCCUACAGUGAUUUUGCUAAUAAUGGUGACCUAUUUCUCUGUAUCUUUCAUUGUAGUCAGCCGGUCAGUUGUAGUGGCUAUCGAUCCGGAAUACGAGCUAGUCAAUCGAAUCCGACAAGUCGAUCAGGCAAUUGUCAAUGUUUUAGGAUAUCUACAGAAUUACGAUGCUGCAAACAAUUCGUUGACGAAUGAAAGUGAUGUUACAUUCUGGUGUUCGCAUCGAAAUCAACUACCAUACCGUCAAGUACACAUCAACGACCCCAACAUAACAUCGAAAUUUAACUUCUCACUCCCAGUUGCAUUUUUAAUUCACGGUUGGUUCGACAGCGUAAAUAGAACAUGGAUGAACAAUACAAUGUCCGCCUAUGUUCAAAAUAUCGACUCAAAUAUCUGUGGUGUGGAUUGGACCCGACUGGCUUUAACUGAAUAUUCGAUAGCGGCGACAAAUACACGCAUUGUUGCUAAACAACUUGUCAAAUUUAUCCAAUAUCUUCAGCUGUUUUCAUCUGUUUCGAUAAAGCAUUGGACGCUAAUAGGGCACUCAUUUGGCGCGCAAAUCAGCGGCAUUGCCGGACAUCAGCUAAACGGUGCUGUAGGAACUAUCAUUGGUUUAGAUCCUGCCGGCUGGUUAUAUACGAAACCAGUGCCAAUUGAUACGGAUGAACGACUAGAUAAAUCCGAUGCACAAUUUGUGCAAUGUAUUCAUACAAAUGCUAAUUACUUUGGUAUCGGUGCAACAAUGAAUUGCGGUCACCAGGAUUUCUAUCCGAACGACGGUUUGUCGCCUCAACCAGGCUGCGUAGAUCCCGCCAUGGAGAGUGGAAUGACACAUUUUUCGAUAACAUGCAGUCACUUUAAGGCAGUUCAGUAUUUUCUGUAUUCAUUGAAUCCGGCGAAUAUGUUUAAAGCAUGGAAAUGCUCGCUGGGGUAUUACUGGUGGGAGGCUGGAUUCUGUAAAUCGAAAACGUACGAUUUACUAGGAAUGUAUUCGAGGCGUAAGUUGUUCGGCAGUUUGUAUCUGAAGACAUCGACUUAUCCACCGUACGCGAAAGGAAAGCCAAAAUAAAUUGCAACCAUGGUCAUAACCAAUAUUGAUGGAACAUACUCACAGUUGGUUUUCAUUUUAAUUUUAAUUAAAUUAACUAUUUAUUGUACCAGACUGAAUA